AUUAAACCAAUUGGGCAUUCCUCUAGUGCACCUUUAUACAACUCAAAAUAAGUACUACUAUAUCCACUACUUACUUUCUACACAUUUUCCAACCAAAACACAUUCUCCCCCAAAAUAAAAUGGCUUGCAUUGCUCCUUCAGAGUUGAUGAAUUGCAAGGCUGAUCAGAAACUCACUAAAAAACUUCAACCAAUCAUCAAUUUUUCGUCCACUGAGGAUGAAGAAAUUACUGAAUACACUGAUAAUUUGCAUGAAAAUUCUUACAUUGUUGGGAUCAAAGAGUACAUAACAAAUAGGAAUCUUCAUUUAUCUAAGGUCAUUUCCAGAGAGAAAAGAGCAGCCGUUUUAAUAUGCCUUUUUGAAGGCCUUGAAGGUGAACUUCGUGUAAUUCUCACCAAAAGAUCCAUGAAACUUUCUACUCAUCCAGGAGAGGUAGCAUUGCCUGGUGGAAAAAUGGAUGAUGAAGAUUUAGAUGAUUCUGCCACUGCUCUAAGAGAAGCAAAGGAGGAGAUUGGUUUGAAAUCAAGUCUUGUUCAAGUCAUUACCAAUCUUGAACCAUUCAUAUCAUUGCAUCUACUUACGGUUGUGCCAGUAGUGGGGCUAUUGUCUAGAAUAGAAGAAUUUAAGCCCGUACUUAAUGCCGACGAAGUUGAUGCUAUUUUUGAUGUACCCUUGGAUAUGUUUCUCAAGGAAGAGAAUCACAGACGUGUGGAAAAGGAGUAUGGAAUAUGGAAAUAUGUAUGUCACAUAUUUGAAUAUGAAUCGUCGAAGCCAGAAAUUUUCCGCAUUGCCGGAUUGACAGCAAGCAUUUUGAUUCAUGCAGCAUCCAUCAUUUAUCAAGAGCCUCCUUCAUUUUCUGAAUAUCUUCCUGAUUUUAGUCAAUUGCAAUUCACCCUUAACACGAAGGACAGUUGCUAGCUUUGGGUGCACGUUUUUUAUUUUUAUGUUUCUUUUUGAAUUUCUUGUGAAAAAUAAAUUACUUAUACAUCAUGAAUAAGUCGAAGAGAUGAUCUAUAUGUUUCAAAAGUAGUCAUCAACAACAAAGUUGAUGAUGUUAUGAACUUUGCUACUUACUAAAAGAAGAAAGGAUCAUAUGGUUAUUUGUCGAAA